GUGUUCCUCUUCCUCUGCUGCAGAUGAAGAUCCCCUCGAAGAAGAUGGCCCACAUCCCCGUGUACACUGUGGGCUUCCACAGCACUCCGAAGAGCCACGGACACAAGAGCCAGGUGUAUAAGUCCCUGCGCAGCCUGUCCCGGCGCCCGGUGGAGGAGGAGUUCCCCCACCUGUACGCACAGGGCUGCACGCUGCGGGACGUCUGCGCUGAGUGUACCAAGUUCGUGGCCGACGUGAUCUCGUCCAGCCGCCGCAGCGUGGACAUCCUCAACAACACCCCCAAGAGGGAGGCCAGGGCGGCCCCCCAGAGACCACAGCUGCAGCGCCAGUCACACCUGGAGACUGACCCUCACCCUCAGUGUCUCCGUCCCCUUCACCCACAGGGCCAGCUCCCUCCACAGUCCCAUCAGCAUCAUCCACAGCAGCAGCGGCCUCAUGCCUCAUCAGCGGCUCCUCUCCACACCAACACCAUCAACAAUGGGAAGCAAUGAGGAGAUUCACACACACACACACACACACACACACACACACACACACACACACACACACACACACAC